AUGAACUGUGCCAUACAAAUAAACCUGACUCUACACCUGUGUUGUCAGUCAGAAGAACUGUCGCUGACGGAGGGGGAGGAAGAGGAGGAAGACUGGUUAAAGAUGUGUGAGUCGUGUGGUCACGUGGGCUGUGAGCCUGAGCGCUUCGUGCAGUUCCUGUGUUUACCAGCAGAGGGCGCCACCUCCACAGACACCGCUGCAGUCAGUCCAGUGUGUGUGCACGGGGGUGAGGGCCUCUGGGAGGAGGAUCCAGGACAUGUGGGGGUCUAUCGUUCUGUGGUGGUGGAACUCCUGGAAGAUGAAGAGGAGGAGGAGGUGGAGGAAGAGGAGAUUCUGUCGUCGGGAUCUGACCCCGUCUCAUCUCAGAUCCAUCUCUACAACACACAGCAGACAGAUCAUCACACGGACCCUGAAAGAAGCAGACUCUCUUCACCUGUACUGAGACCGUGUCGGCCUCCGCCUCCACCGCCCAUCCACAGGAGCUCCCCCUGA